AUGACGGUGGGACAUAAGAAGUGUUCAUGUGGUGUCUUUUAUAUUGAGAAGAUACCUUGCUCCCAUGCGAUUGCGGCGUUGAUAUCAGCUGGUCAACAAGUGUCUACUGCUGUCUGCCCGUCCUUUGCGAAGGAUUAUUUGUAUCCGGCAUACUCGCAAAACAUUUAUCCCCUCAAUGACGCCUUAAAAGGACGUGAAGCAGUGCCAUGUCUCCCUCCUUACAUUAAGCCUCGUCCUGGUAGAAAAAAGAAGUCGAGGUGGCAAAUUUGGCUAGAAAUCGUACGGAUGAAAGGCACAAAACAGGGAAGAUUCACAAUCAAUACAACUGUUCAAAAUGCAAGCAAGGAGGACAUACAAUGCCGAAUUGUGUUACUUAAUACCAUAUACUCCCUGCCCAUCUGCCGGAGAAGUCUACACGUGAAAUCUGUCUGA